AUGGUAGAAUUACCUUUGGAUCCUCCACUCUCAAAAAUGUUAAUUUACUCGGAAAAACUGGGUUGUACAUCGGAAGUUCUUACAAUAGUUUCAAUGCUCUCGGUUCCUACAGUAUUUUAUAGGCCUAAGGACAGAGAGGAGGAGGCUGAUGCUGUAAGGGAGAAAUUCUUUGUUGCUGAGAGUGAUCAUCUUACCCUUUUAAAUAUUUACAAUCAGUGGAAAGUUAAUGGAUAUUCUUCAUCUUGGUGCUCGGAGCAUUUUAUCCAUUUUAAAGCAAUGAGAAAGGUAAAAGAAGUUAGAAUUCAAAUGGAAGACAUAAUGAAAAAAAAUGGAAUUCAAAUUAUUACCUGUAAUAAUGAAUGGGAUGUAGUUAGGAAAGCUAUUUGUUCUGGUUACUUCCAUCAUGCCGCAACUCUCAAAGGGAUUGGAGAGUAUGUCAACAUGAUGACAGGCAUGCCUUGCAGUUUGCAUCCAACUAGUGCAUUAUAUGGAAUGGGGUAUACUCCCGAUUUUGUUGUAUAUCAUGAAUUGGUAAUGACAACAAAAGAAUAUAUUCUCAUUUCUACUGCCGUAGAGGGUAGUUGGUUAGCUGAAUUAGCUCCAACCUUCUUCUCCCAACACCACCCCCAAAUGGUUGAUAAAUUAAAACCUCAUCACCUUGCCCAACCUCAUCUGGUGUAA